AGUGCGAUGCAGCCUCCGCCUCCGCCGCGAGUCAGUGCGUGCGCGCUCCGACACACGGCAACAUGGGUGCAAACCAAAGCGAGCCCGCGGUGCCAGCAGGCAAGGUGGACCUGGUGUCCAGGAUCAAAGCGCGGGUGACUUCGGCCGACCCAAAGAAGGCAAGGGAGCUGGGAGGAGUGUUCCUGUUCAACAUCAUUAAAGGAACUUCGGUGUACAGCUGGACUCUGGACCUGAACAAAGUCACGGUAUUCGAAGGCGAGCCAGAGGACGAUCCUGAUACCACCUUCACGCUCACGGAACACAACUUCAAGCAACUAGUACAGGGGAAAGAAGACGCCAGGGUCAUCAUGCAGGCAGGACGCUGCUCCGUGACAGGGGACAUCAUGAGGGCGAUGAAGCUUGAGCCGUAUAUCAAGUUGGAAUAAGAGUUAUUAUGGCAUACUUAGGAUAGGGGUCUACUCUGUGAAACGCUCUCGAUUUAGGAGCUACAUCGUUACAUUCGUUUUUCUUAUAGAAACCUACUUCAAAAGUAAAGAACCGAAAUCGUUUCCCAGAAUAGACCUCUUAUUUUUUAGUUAUGACAUGAGAGGUAUGAAACACCAAGUACAGAGGUAAUGAGGAGCAAUAAUUAAAGAGGCCUUAAAAUUAAUAAAAAUAAGGUGUAAAUCUAAAUUAUAUACCUCGAUUUAAAGUUACCAUUGUGUUAGGUCGCAAGCGACGAAUCAAAUAAUUGCUUUAAGUGUUUUUUACUUUUGUUAAUUUAUUGUUACCCUUUAAGAUAAACGUUAAGCUAUUUUUAGAUGAAAACCAUUAACAAAUUGAAUCUGUAAAGAUUUUACUCCCACAACGUCUAGUUCAGAAUUAAAUCAAGAAACUACGAAUAAAACUUUCUUUUUAAAUAAAUAAUUAAAGAUUGUAUUGUAUUGUACGAACAUAACUACCUAAUUACUAUAACAUAAGUGUAAAAUUCUGAACAGUGAAAGGUGUGUGAGCAUAGCGUAUUAGCGUAACUCUUAUUUAAUUAGAAAGCACUUACAACGGUCUACCUAGA